GGCCGUAUUCACCAACCGAGUUUAAGCUUGAUUCGGAGAUCAAACUGAUUAAUCUUAGCUUUUUUGUUUCACCAAUUGAAAUUAAAAUUUGAUCUCAGAUCACACUUAAGCUAAGAUCUCAGCUGAUCAAACUAAUCUUGAAAUCAUUUUUUUUUAUUUCACCAACCGAAAUUAUUUAAGCCGAUAUUAAAAUGUUUAUUCACCAACUCGGAUCAUGCUCAAUUUGAUCCUAGAUAUUGAUCAAGUGUGGAUCAAAAUUUGAUCUUGGUAAUUACCAAGAUCAUCUCCUUGAUCUCGACUUGUCUUUUCAUUUGCAUGUGCUUUUUCUUGAUCUUUGAGUGAAAAUUAAUUAAGUUUUUUCCUAAAUUUCUGAAAAAUGGAUGAAUAUCUAUUCGCUUUUGGUUUUCGCCAGCGUAGAAAUCCUCAAAGAAGAACAAUAUUACCGAAAAAUGACCUUCUUGUACUGUUUGAUGAUUUUGAAUUCAAAAAAAGGUUCCGAAUGAAUAAAGAGACCUUCCACGUGCUACUCGAUCUCAUCAAAGAUGAAAUAGAAAUAUUUGGAAAACGAAAUCACCCUGUUAGUCCCGAAAAUCAACUACUUAUAGCAUUGAGAUUCUUCGCAACUGGCUCAUUUCAAAUAGUGAGUGGUGAUCUAAUCGGGUUUUCCCAACCAACAAUUUCACGAAUAGUACUGAAGGUGUCUACUGUUCUAGCAAGAAAACUUCCACAAUUCAUUGUUUUCCCAUCUCCAACAGAAGAAGCCAAGUUGCAUUCUGGUUUUUCAAAGAUUGCAGGGUUUCCUGGUGUAAUUGGUGUUGUUGAUGGAACUCAUAUUAAAGUGAAAGUACCGAAAGAUUUACAUGAAAGAUUCAGAAACCGAAAAAAUGAGAUAACAGUUAACUGUCAAGUUGUUUUUGACCAUAAUAUGAAAUUUUUACACAUAAAUGCAAGAUGGCCAGGAAGUACUCACGAUAGUAGAAUAUUUAAACACAGUGAACCUUAUUACGUAUUAGAAUCACAAAGUUAUACAGGACAUUUGCUCGGUGAUUCAGCAUAUCCUUGUAAAACGUAUCUUAUGACACCAUUAAGUGAUCCUAAUACGCUAGCGGAGAUGAUUUACCAAAAGAAACAUAUAAAGACGAGGAAUUUGGUCGAAAGGAGUAUCGGAGCAUGGAAAAGAAGAUUUUAUUGUUUGAAUGACCUACGUUUAAAAUUCACAACUUCAUUGACCGUUAUAUUAGCCACAGCAGUUCUUUGGAAUUUUCUAAUUAUUGAAAAAGAUGAAUUUGUAGAAGAAGAUACAGAUAUAGAUGAAAAUCCAAUUGUUCAUCGUGAAGCAGAAAGAAUUGAACAAGGAACACAAGCAGGUUUUGAUAAGCGAAGAUUAAUAAUAAAUCAAUUUGAGCCAAGGUCCGCUAGCGUACUUUCAACAUCGACCGAGUAAUCUAUUCCAGAGGAUGC